AUGGCGACCGCUUUCCAAACACGUUUGACUGAAAGAUAUGCAGUGAGUCAGUUACACAGAUCAACAAAUAAUAUUGAAGCUUGUAGUAAUGAUAAACCAGAUGACAAAACAGAAAUAGAAAUAAAAGCUGAAAUUAAGAAAGAACUUGCUCAAGAUGAACAAGGAUAUAAUAUAGAAAGUCAGCUAACUACAUCCCUUGAUCUUGGAAACUUGAAGAAUGAACCAGAUGAAGAUAACUCAGAAAUUAUUAUUCAUCAUUACCAUGAAGGGAAAACAAUCUGUGAAAUUUCCAGUGAAUUAACUGUAGCAACAACUACGGUGUUUAAUCUAAUUAAUAAAUAUGGUGAAACUGCCAGUAUUGAUGUUGGCAUUAAAAGCCCAGGCCCUCCAAAAGCUGUUUCUCAGAGUGUAGAUAAUUCCAAUAUGUAA